GUCUCCAGUUACUUUCGUUUCAAGCUACUCACUCCACGUGCAUGUGGCUUUUAAGACAAAGCCAAAAGAUCGCGCUGAUACAGCUAUCCAUCAUCGGUUUGUACGGUGAGUUAUCAGGACCAUAUGCGCUUUUUAAAGCAGGUCCAAGCAGGUGAGAUAGUGCUGUGCCAGGUUUAUCAAGUUUUACUAUCACCCCCCUAUGAUGGUGUUAUAUUAUCUAUCAUUCGAUAGCACUCGCAAUUUAUAUAAUACCUCCCUCAUCAAAGGGACAACAGAUGUUUGGUAAUUGAGAUCAACCUGAAACUGGGGCAGAUGCUGGGCUGUGGCCGAGUGUGUACAUAAAACCCACAUUAGUGCCAUUCAGAGAGAGAGAGAGAGAGAGAGAGAGAGACAGAGAGAGAGAGAGAGAGAGAGUGAGAGAGGGGGAGUGAGAGAGAGGAUGCUGCCAGAAAUACAUCUGUCCCUGAAGGUGCAACACAUUUGGAAGUAUUUCAAAGAAGUGAGCAAGUAUGACAUAAGACGCAAUCAAGUCCUAAUCCUCGGCGGCGCUUUAAAAUCCUCUCCGAAGUUUCUGCGGAGGUAAUUGCUGACAAUGUAAGAAGUUUUUUUUUUCCAUGACUGGAAAAGCUGAUGGGCUGAAGUAUCUUUUCGUGCCUGCAGAAGCAGCGCAUAUACACAUUUUGCUCUGUGCUUUAUUCGAUUAGGAUUGAUCCGUCCUCCAAAGCUGUAAUCCCAGCCUGUUUUUAAUUUAUUUAUAUUUUUUUCAAUGCUUGUUUUUGACUACGUGGGAGAAAAAAUUAAAGGAGCUCCUAUCUCUUUCUUUCCUACCAGACACACAAACACAAGCAUAUACACACGCACACACACACACACAGACACACACACACAUGCAAAUGCAUGCACCCACACUCCCUCUCUCUCUCACACACACACACACAGGCACAUGCAUGCACACACCUCACCAGGUGAAACGUCACAGAGCAAGGGGACUCAGCGCUCAUUAAGGGGGAGGCUGCAAUAUUCUGAAUCGAGACCAUGGGACUCCCAGCUCGCCUAUUUAUAGCAGCCGUGUCUCCAUGGCAGUCACCGCUGCGCUGGCAAAUCGCAGCCGCGGCCCCAGACGCCAAUUAAGAAUGAAACAAAUGCCUUUUAGAGAGGGGCGUGCCGACAUGUCUCUCCCACCCUUCUUCAGACUCUUUCCGCUCCGUGAGUGCAUCCUCUCCAUGCCUCUUCCGGAGGAUGCUCGGGGUAGAGGGAGGACGCCACGCAGAGAGCUGGCCGAGCUGUGCUGCGACGUUGGCUAUUUUUAAAAAGCCCCCCCCUUACACACACACACACACACACACACACGUACACACGUACACACGCACACACACACUCUCUCCCCCAGCCCCUCCUCCUCCUCCUCCUCAAGAAGGAGAGCAGAUGAGGGAUGUCUUCUUCUUGUUGUGCUGGUGUUUUUUAUGCUUCCCGUGCUAUUGUUUGUGAAUGUUGCAGCGAGUUUUGGGAUGUCGAUGGACGUGAUGAAUUGCUGUGACUCAUAGGGGCAUCAGAGAGUUCCAACAGGUCAGAAGAGUGAUGACCAUCCUGUUCCUUACUAUGGUUAUUUCAUACUUCAGUUGCAUGAGAGCUGCGCCCAUGAGAGAGGUGCCGGGCGUUGUGGGGGGCCACCGAGCCGAGGGCUACCUGGGGGCCGCCCGGGGCCACGGGACUCCACCGAGCGGGGGAGCACUGCCCUCGCUCACGGACACGUUCGAGCAGGUGAUCGAGGAGCUACUGGAAGUGGAGGGGGAGGCAGCGCAGGGCCAGGGAGGGGGGGGUCCCGGCAACGCAGCCACGGCCACGGCCGAGUCAAAGGACGUCGACACGUAUGCAUCGCGUGUGAUGAUCAGCAACCAAGUGCCUUUGGAGCCGCCGCUGCUCUUUCUCUUGGAGGAAUACAAAAAUUACCUGGAUGCCGCCAACAUGUCGAUGCGGGUGCGGCGCCACUCGGACCCGGCGCGGCGUGGCGAGCUCAGCGUGUGCGACAGUAUUAGCCAGUGGGUGACGGCCGUGGACAAAAAGACGGCUAUCGACAUGUCCGGCCAGACCGUCACCGUGCUGGAGAAGGUCCCGGUGGCCAAUGGGCAGCUGAAGCAAUACUUUUACGAGACCAAAUGCAACCCGCUGGGUUACACGAAGGAGGGCUGCCGAGGAAUAGACAAGCGGCACUAUAACUCACAAUGCCGGACAACCCAAUCGUACGUGAGAGCCCUCACCAUGGAUAGCAAACGGAAGAUCGGCUGGAGGUUUAUACGGAUAGACACUUCGUGUGUAUGCACAUUGACCAUUAAGAGGGGGAGAUAGUGUACACAAUGUAUAGAUUUUAUUGAGAGUUCUAACAAGAGAGAAAGAAAAAGAGUAAAUAUCUAUUUGUAUAUAUACAUAACAGGGUAAAUUAUUCCGUCAGAUGAAAAUUUUAUGGACUGCAUGUAAAAAAGAUGAAGUUUAUACAGUAAAGUGAUACUACAGUCUAUUUAUUGAACAUAUUCAUGACCUUGUAAACAAUUAAAAAAAGAUCUGAUCAGUCAUUUGCUCCCAGUUCAAAUUACUAUAUCACAUUCCGCAAGAUGUUGUGGUUUUCUUUACGUUGCCAAGAACUCAACAGAUGAGAGGAGAGAUUAUUUAAGAGAAAAAGAAAAAAAAAACUUGCAUGCUGCUUCAAUUGUGAAUUGAAAAAAAAAAACUGUCCACUUUCAGAAAACAAGACCACUAUUCCAACCAAAAGAUUCUGUUUACAUUUUCAGCAGUGACAGGACAUGCUCCUCUAAGUACUUUAACUGUUUCCUAUUCUAAACUUCUCAAGGUUAUGUUGGAAUUACAUACUAUGUCAAGGUGCUGUUGUCAAAGCUUUGCUGUUUAUUUUUUUAUCCCCACAAAAUGAAAGAUGAAAG